AUGGGUGGAAUGAUGAGGCCCGGCAGGGCGGAUUCGCAGGUACAAGGGCCCAAGCGCCUGCUUGGUCUGGCCGGUCAGAUGUGGAUGAGGGCGACAGGUGUCCCGCACAAACGAGGGAGGGGUCGUGCCAUCACACCCAUUUUCAGCCGCGAGGUUGUGAGGAUAUUCACACAGUAG